AUGGGUGAAGAAAUAUAUUCUCAAAUCGAGGAAUUCGUUGAAAAACAUCGACAAUUAUUAGAAAGUCGUGAAAUAUCAGAAAAUCUUCAUUUAUGGAUUGAUUUAAUAUUUGGUCAUAAAUUAGCUGGUGAAAGUGCAGUUGAAGCAAAAAAUGUUUGCCUUCAAUUAGUUGAUCAUCAUGAAGACUUACGUAAUGGAGGAAUCGUACGAUUAUUUCUUAAACCUCAUCCUCCACGUUUUCUUGCAUCUACACGACAAAUGAUUGAUAAUUCAGCUUCGAUAUCAACCACACGUCAUGCUACAAUACUAGAUGAAGAACCAACAAAAAGAAUAAGAGCACUAUCAAGUGUAGGCAAUAGUCGAUCGAAUGAUUCGACAUUAUUAGCUAAUGAAUUAAAUGAUACAUUUUCUCAUUUGGAUGCUAUUGAACAAUUACUUUUAUUAACUUCAAUGUCAUUUGGUAGACUUCCAUUAUCAAGUUUACACAAUCAAACAUCAAAAUUUACAUCAACAUUUCUUCUUGCAUGUCAACGUGAUUUACAAUAUUUUGGUGUAUGUUUAUUAGAAUUAAUUUUACUUAGUAAACAACAUUAUAUAUCAGCGAAUUCGAAUGGUUCACAACGUUUAGCAACAGCUAAACAAAUAUUAAAUAAUAAUUGGCAUCUUAUUCCUAUACCAUUUCGUGCAUGUCUUAGUUUGUUAUUAAUGGAUUUACCAAAUGAAAAUGAAAGUAAUAUUCAACAACAAAUUUCAAAUCGGGCUAUUAAUGUUGCAUUUUUUUUAAAUCGAUGGACAACGUAA